AUGCCAGAUUCACCCCCAUCAUCUCUCGACUUCAUCGUCUGCUCAACAUGCGGCACGCAAUUCCCCACCACCUCGCCCCCACCCAACUGCAAGAUCUGCGAUGAUCCCCGCCAAUUCAUCCCUCCAACGGGCACAAACCAAUCCCAAACCCAGACCCAGACCCAUGAGCCCCACCAACCCUACCACAACGAAUUCCACCCCCUCCAGCCCAGCACCGACCCCAAAACCGACCUAACCACAUCCUCCCUCCUCGCAAUCCACACCGUCCCCAAACUCGCCAUCGGCCAGCGCGCCUUCCUCUGCCGGACCCGCCGCGGCAACAUCCUGUGGGACUGCAUCCCGUUCCUGGACGACGCCACGAUCGCCCAAAUCGAGGCGCUGGGCGGGCUGCGGGCCAUCGUCAUCUCGCAUCCGCACUACUACGCCACGCAUCUGGAGUGGGCGCGCGCGUUCCGGUGUCCGGUCUUUUUGGCCGCGGAGGAUGCGGAGUGGGUUGUUCGGCGGGGGGAGGAGCAGGUGUUUUGGGUGGGGGGGCGGUUGGAUUUGGGGGAGGGUUUAGGUGAGCUGGAGGUGAUCAAGACCGGCGGCCAUUUCCCGGGCAGUACGGUGCUGUGGUGGCGGGCAUUGCGGACGCUGCUCAUUGCGGAUACGAUCGGGACGGUGCCGAGUGGGAUCUAUCAUGUCGACCGACUGCCGGGGACGGCGUCGUUUACGUUCCUGUGGUCGUAUCCGAAUAUGAUUCCCUUGCCGCCGGAUGAGGUGCUGAAUAUCUGGAAGGCGAUCAAGCACACCGACUUUGAUUCGACGUAUGGCGCUUUCGUGGGGAUGCAUACGCACGGGGAUAGCAAGAAACGCGUUCUGGAGAGUGCUAAGAUCUUCGUCCGGGCUAUGGGGUAUCUGGAUCAUGCCAUUCAUAAGGAAUUCUGUUUGUGA